AUGUCUUCAUCAUCGAUGAGAAAGCCUAGAGCCAAACCAUGGCAGGGGCAGACUGUAGACGAUUUGGAGUCCGAAUCAGCUAUGGUGGGACCUUCACGACCUGUUACUUUGAAAGAAGGAGCUUCUGAUAAUAGCGAGCCAAGUGCACCGGAACUACCGCAUCGACCAGCGGGACUCGAAGCAGACUUAGACACGAACAACAAUAUACGCAGCAACGUUGGACAUCAAAGCAGUUUUUACGGACAGAAUAACAUGGGUUAUGGAGGUUCCCCUUAUGGAGGCGGUUUGGGUUCGCUUUACGGAUCGAAUGGUUACAAUUCGAUGUAUGGUUCAGGUUAUGGCUCGAUGUACGGCUCAGGCGGUGGUUACGGCUCCAUGAUGGGUGGGUAUGGAGCAGGCGGGAUGUAUGGAAUGGCAGGGCUAAAUGCAAAUGCAAAUGCCAUUGCAAAUGGGGCUCCUGGAUUGGCAGAAUCGACUCAAGCAACAUUCCAGCUCAUCGAAAGUCUGAUAGGGGCCGUUGCAGGGUUCGCACAAAUGCUAGAGGCAACUUACAUGGCUACACAUAACUCUUUUUUCACAAUGGUAUCGAUGGCGGAGCAGAUCUCGUCACUGAAGGAAAUGCUGGGGUCGUUUUUGGGCAUUUUUGCUGUCAUCAAGAUGCUUAAAAAAGUGCUUUACAAGAUCACCAGCGGUAGAUUGGGCAUGGCACCUCGAAUCAAAGCGUCCGGUGUACCUAAGAGCGAAUUUGCCAAGGAAUUCGACAAGUUUAGAGGACAUGACCUGGAGCGUGAUAAGCGUGGAAAAAGACGUAUUUCGUGGAAACCUUUAGUGAUUUUUUUGGCCGCCGUGUUUGGAUUCCCAUUUCUACUGCGAAAAUUCGUUGCACGACUAGCAGAAAUCCAACAACGUAAGAGUUUGCUGGCGCAAAAGAACGGGGCUAACAGUUCUGGUGGGCUGGACCCACGGAAUCUUGAGUUUGCGCGGGCCACGUACGAUUUUACGCCCGAGAACCCUCAAAUCGAAGUACGGCUACUAAAGGGCGACCUUAUGGCUGUGAUGAGCAAGACGGAUCCAAUGGGUCGCAACAGCGAAUGGUGGAAAGUGCGUACGAAAAAGGGCGAUGUUGGGUAUGUACCGAGCAACUAUCUGGAGCUGAUUCGAAGACGGGUGGAGGCUGUGGAAAACGAGCAGAGUCUGUAG